AUGAAGAUUCAAGCAGGAACCAACAUGCUUCUUCUGUUAUGCACCCUUCUUUUAGCUACAGGGACGUCGUUGGAAGCAAAUGGUGUACCCUAUGAUUACACAGCCAGUAUUGAGUGUUUGGCGAAUCCUCUCAAACCCCAGUACGAUGGAGGAAUCAUCGUAAACCCGGAAUUAAAUGAAGGCUUAAACGGCUGGACUACCUUCGGUAAUGCAACCAUAGAACAUCGAAAAUCCGAAAACAAUAGCUUCAUAGUGGCUCAUAGCAGAAGCCAACCACAUGACAGUAUUCUUCAGAGGGUUCACUUGGAAAGUGACAAGCUCUACACAUUUUCUGCUUGGGUACAAGUGAGCAACGGUAGUGACGUUCCGGUAACUGCUGUUUUUAACACACCUACCGGAUACGUUCCCGCCGGUGCAACUAUUGCAGAAUCAAAUUGUUGGACCAUGCUCAAAGGUGGCCUAAAUGUGGAUGCCUCUGGCAUUGCCGAGCUCUAUUUUGAGAGCGAAAACACUAUGGCCGAAAUUUGGGUUGAUAGCAUCUCUUUACAACCUUUCACCCAGGAGCAAUGGAUGUCUCAUCAAGAUCAAAGCAUUGAAAAGAUACGUAGGAGCGAGGUGAAAAUCCAAACAGUUGAUGCGCAAGGAAACCCUCUUCCAAAUGCUACGAUCUCUAUCGAACAAAAAGCAGGAGGUUUCCCAUUUGGCUGUGCUAUGAACAAACUCAUUCUCUCCAACACUGCCUACCAAAAUUGGUUCACAUCAAGGUUCAGAGUGACAACAUUUGAAAACGAAAUGAAAUGGUAUAGCACAGAAACUUCCGAAGGACAUCAGGACUACUCGGUUCCGGAUGCCAUGCUUUCGUUUGCGAAACGGCACAACAUUGCAGUAAGAGGUCACAAUGUUUUCUGGGAUGAUCCACAGAACGUACAAGGCUGGGUCAAAUCACUCCCUACGAAACGACUCACCACGGACGCAUAUUGGAGAGCACGUAAUAUUGUGAAUAGAUACAAGGGCCAACUUAUUGCAUGGGAUGUUGUCAAUGAAAAUCUGCAUUUUGAUUUCUUUGAAAGAAAGAUGGGUCCUUCAGCUUCAGGCAUCAUGUAUAAUUGGGCUCUUAAAACUGAUGGAGCAACUCCUUUAUUCUUGAAUGAUUUCAAUACCAUUGAGGAGAGCAGAGAUUGGAAAUCGUCACCAAAAGCCUACAUUACCAGGCUUAGAGGGAUUCAAAAGGUACAAGAUAAUUACAAAGGCCGAUUCGGGAUUGGACUUGAGUCACAUUUUGUUACUCCCAACAUUCCUUACAUAAGAUCUUCUAUUGACUAUCUUGCCGCUGCAAAGUUGCCUAUUUGGAUUACAGAGUUGGACGUGCAGAAGGGUCCUAAUCAGGCAUGGUACUUGGAGCAGAUUCUAAGGGAGGUACACUCUCACCCACAAGUUCAAGGAAUUGUGAUUUGGUCUGCAUGGCAACCUCAAGGAUGUUACAGAAUGUGCUUAACCGAUAACAAUUUCAAGAACGUGGCUACUGGAAAUGUUGUGGACAAGUUACUACACGAAUGGGGUUUGCGGGAUUUCGAUACGACUUCUGCCACAACAGACACUAAUGGUUUCUAUGAAGCCUCCCUCUUUCAUGGGGAUUAUGAAGUUAACAUCACUCACCCCUCAGUUACAAAUUCUUCCUUGGUUCAUAGAUUCAAUCUGGCACCAAGAUCUGAGUCCCAAGGACCAUUGCAGCUCAAACUCUCUGUUUGA